CACCAUGAUCUCAUGAAUGAGAAUUGCUCUUUUCCCUCUGGGAAUGGGACCUCGAUAACGCUGACUCACACUCCAAGUAGGUGGCGGUAAUGCACCUAAACGUUGGUUGCCACCAUCCCAAAAGAAAGAAGAAGAGAAAGAAUUUAAAUAUGAACAUUUAGAAUCGCUAGUUAGCGCCUUUGUUAAUGAUACGCAUGCGAAUGUCAAACAAUGGCCGGAGCUGAGCCUCCAUCCCUGAAGGAGACAUGUUUACAGGCUGUCAGGAAGCACUUUGCUGCUCUGGACACGGAGCAUGUGCUCGAUCUGCCAGCGGCUCUCAUGGAGGAGCUGCUUCCUCAGUUGACUGUAUGUCAACUGGAUGAGCUGCAGCCGGGGCUCAACCAGAGAGGGAUAUCAACUCACUGUGGUUGGGCUGGCAUUCUUAAGGACAUGCAUGGACCUAACUAUGCAGUGGACUUGCUCACUGAAGACGGGGCCAAACAUGAAGUCAUGAGGAUGCUUUUUCCACCCCUAUUUUACGGCCUUACCAACCACUUUGUCGAAAAAAACCUCACAAAUUUAAACACAUCAUCCUUCAUGUUGGCGGCAGCUAAAUAUAUCAAACAUUUUUUACUCUAUGCAAGCUCCCAAAAACCCCUUCAAAGUUUAAUUGUUGAGCAGCAGCCUCUUCUGAACCUUCUAGAGAAGCAGAUCCGGAGUGUUGCAGUGCUGCAGUCCAUUGAUCUUUUAAAGAGGAAGACACAAGCAGCGUUGUACGUUCUCCAUCGACUGUUAGACCAUGGUGUGACAAAGAAAAUAGUUGUGGAUGUGCAGUGUCCCAUCGUGCUGGCCUGGCUCCUCCAUGGAAGGGGAUCCCAGUAUGAAAAUCCAGAGUUGAAGAGCCUUAUGCUCAGCAAAAAGGGAAGUUUUGUUUUACAAAGUGUUUCAGCCAGUGCAGAUGGGGCCAGUUGCAGUGCCGGUCUUGAGACCAGGGCUUCAGAAGAUGAAGAGGAUCAAGUCAUCCCAUGCAAACGCUCCAAGAUGGAAUUUGUGUCAUCAGAGGAAGAAUCUGGAAAAGCAAGUUUCCCUGUAGAUCCAAAGGUUAGCUGUGGACCCUUCUCCCAAUGUGAUUAUCCCUCGUCAGGGACUUGUCCACAGGGACAGAUCGAAUGUCUGGAGGUCAGGCAGUGUGGAUCUGUCUCUCUGAGUGUGCUGAGGAAAAGUCUGCCCACAUUUUUCUGCCUUCGCUCUCUAACUCUUCACAGCUUUGCCACCUUCAGGGACUCGGAUGUGUUGGACCUGGCCAGAGGCCUGAAGCAGCUGUCUGAGAGCUCCCGCUGCUCCCUCACUUAUCUCAAUAUCGGCAUCCUGCCUUUCACCAAGCUCAUGGAGAUCCUGCUGGAUGCAGUCCCCAAGGUGACGUCCCUGCACGUGGAGAUCCUCCAUAUGAUGUGGGGACAACAUCAUCCCCAGACUGUCAAGUCAGACGUGUCAGAGCUGCCCCUGCAGAAGCUGACAGUCAAAGUAACUGAGCUCCAGACAGAUCUGCACUUCAUCACAUCAGUGCUGAGACGCUCUCCACAUCUCACCUCACUUCACUUAGCUGGGAUGAAUUUACCAACUGGCUCCUCUUUGAGCCAGCUCCUCAUCACUCUUUCAGAGUCCAAUCACGGACUGAGGAGUCUGAACUUGGAAGACUUGAAUCUGUCCGAUUGUCUCCCUGACAUCCUCAAUCUACUGAGGAACUGUCAGUUGGAAGAGCUGUGGUGUAAUGAUUGCCGCCUUCUUGAGAAGUGCAGUGACAAGGAGGAAGCUUUGCAGCAGUUGGUGUCUGCUCUGAGGACAGUGCCUUCUCUUCACACUCUGAGCCUUGCUCAGAAUCGACUUAUGUUUUGUCCGAUGUAUGGAGUGACAGGAGGCUGUACACUGAUGCUGCUGCAUGUCUCUACAGCCAAGAAUGUGUGCGUGCUGUCCGAGCUGUUCUCAGGAUCCUCACCCAGCUCAGUGAAGAGACUCAACAUCAGCUACAACUUCAUUCAGCCGGCGGAGCUACUGGAGUUUGCUCACAGACUGAGGACACAUCGGCCCCCACAGCAACUGACUCUGGACCUCAGGAUGAACCCUGGGGAUCGAGACCCUGACACCUGGAACGCUGCUCUGAACCUGCUCCGUCCACUCUGCGUGCUGCUGCUGGAAAGGUGGAAGUCCACAGACACGAUGGUCGACCACAUCAGCAACAUGUAAACUAAUAUGACUGUAAACAGUCAGUAUUUUUUGCACAGGUUUUCAUUUAGUCUGUGGUCAGUUUGACUUCAAUACAAGACUCCAAGACAACACUGUUCCGGAAAAACAGCUUCUCUGUCGAGUUUGUGUUCACAGAGCAUGCAGUCAAUCUGCAGAGAGCUGGACAAAGCUCCAUAACUGGUUUAGACUAGUUAGUAAAGUUAUGGUAGAACACAAAUAUUGUUGCCUUGUAAUUGUUAUUUCAUAACUCUGUUAUAUACACUCAUUGGACACUUUAUUAGGCACACCUGUUCAAUAGUUUGUUAACCAAAAUAGCUUAUCAGCCAAUCACAUGGCAGCAACUCAAUGCAUUUAGGCAUCUAGACGUGGUGAAGACGACUUGCUGAAGUUCAAACAGAGCAUCAAAAUGGGGAAGAAGGAGAAUUAAGUGACUUUUAAAAUGGCAUGGUUGUUGGUGCCAGACGGACUGGUCUGAGUAUUUCAAAAACUGCUGAUCUACUGGAAUUUUCACGCACAACCAUCUCUAGGGUUUACAGACAAUGGUCUGAAAAACAGAAAAGAAUCUAGUGAGCGGCGGUUUGGGGGGAGAAAAGGCCUUGUCAGAGGUCAGAGGUCAGAGGAGAAUGGGUAGAGUGGUUCGAGAUGAAAGAAAGGCACCAGCAACUCAAAUUACCACUCGUUACAACAAAGGUAUGCAGAAUACCAUCUCUGAACGCACAACACAUCGAACCUUGAAGCAGAUGGGUUACAGCAGCAGAAGACAACACCGGGUGCCACUCCUGUCAGCUAAGAACAGGAAACUGAGGCUACAAUUCACAAAGGCUCAUCAAAAUACAAUAGAAGAUUGGAAAAACGUUGCCUGGUCUGAUGAGUCUUGAUUUCAGCUGCGACAUACAGUUUGUACGGUCAGAAUUUGGUGUAAACAACAUGAAAGCAUGAAUCCAUCCUGCCUUGUAUCAACGGUUCAGGCUGGUGGUGGUUGUGUAAUGGUGUGGGGGAUAUUUUCUUGGCACACUGUGGGCCCCUUGGUAACAAUUCAGCAUAACAAGACUUGUUGAAUCUAUGCUACGAAGAGCAAAAGGGGGUCCAACGCGGUUCUAGCAAGGGGUACCUAAUAAAGUGUCCGGUGAGUGUAUAUUUAGUAAGCAUGGUAUUCAAAGUGAGCAGAGUGCGAAAAGAACAGCAUGUAGUGUUUGACAUUUGAAUCGUUUAUUAAGUCAGCGUCUGUUACACCUCAAAUUCUCCUCUUGGACAGUGUGAUUGACAGUGGACGUUCAGAUACAACUGAAAAACCUGGAGGACUGACAUCGAGUUGUAGAGCAGUUUCACAGCAGCUGUUUCACAUUGUAUUUUUUUUUUUUUUACAUUAGACGAACAGCAUCAACACUGACCACCAAUUCAUCAUUAGUAGGAACCAAGUAGAAAAAACAAUCAGAGAAAAGGGAUUAAAAAGAGCUUCAAGUUUCUCUAAGUAGAUAUUUUUUAAAGCUAAAUACUGCAACGCUGUAAGUUCAGUUUGUUCUUAUUGUAUAUUCUUACGUUUGAGUAAAUUCAAGUUGAAGAGAGUGAACACCGGAUGUCUGCAUGCUAAUUGGUUGAUAUGCUGGGCCUAUCUACAACCAUCACUGACUGUACAUAAAACAAAGACACUCACAAACACACCUGGCUGCCGCCGAGGCUCAUGAUUCAUUAAGCAUUUAGUCCGAAACUAAAAUUGAAAGAUUCAUACCACAUUAAGAAGUCAGUCUGUUCCUUAUUAGUGAUUCAAAUAGUGACAUGAUUGGCUGCUCGAACAGAUGAGCAAAUUGGUGUAUACUGUAUUAGUGUAUGUCACAAAUGAUGUCUUGUUAGUUAGUAUAAGCUGAUCACCAGUGUUCAAACCUGGCUACCACCCAACUGUGGUUGAUCAAUAAGUAGUUCCAUCGAGCUGCUGCUCAACCCAUCUUAGGAAAUAAGAAACAACCUGCAAAUGCAAAGAGUCUAGACUUAGCUAAGCUAGCCUCAAACCUGUCUCUGUACAAGUGUCAGGACGAUUUCAACAAAGUGCUUAUCUGAUCAUUGAACCCCCCCACACCUUUCUAAUAGAGAGGGGCUGCAGUGAUUGGCCAUGUGUUUGCGAAAGCAUGUAUUGUGACAAAAUGGGGUUUAUAAAGUGGCCUUGUUAUUUCGUUUUGCGAGAUUGCUCAUGGUGUUUCAUUGUGUCGCUCACUCAGGUAGACGAUUACAUAAAUCUGUUAUUUCCACACUG